UGCGUGGAGGCUCCUCCGGGGAGCAGUAGCGGGUGAGGACGCCGCCGCAUGCGCCGUGCGCUUCAGCCAGACGCUCGGCAAGGACGCAGGACGGCGCGCGACGCCUUUCCAGCCGGACCGAAGCGGUUUUGGGCGGCGGAGGACGGCAGCAGCAGCGGGGCAUGAAGCGGCUCCACGGCCUCGUCGCUCCGCUGGGGAACAACAACUCCGGAGCCUCCAGCAUCGCCGACAUCUGCGCCGCCGACGGCCUGCUGGACUUCUCCGCGCGCCCGGCCGUCAAGAGCGAGCUGGUGUGCCGAUGGACCGAGCGCGGCUCCCGGCCGGCGCUCGGACCGGCGGCCGUGUGCCAGCAAACUUUCGGCUCCAUGCACGAGCUGGUGGACCACGUCAGCAGCGAGCACGUCGCGGCGGGGCUGGAGACCCUGAGCCAUGUCUGCAUGUGGGCCGAGUGCGUGCGCGGCGGGAAGGCGUUCAAAGCCAAGUACAAACUCAUCAACCACAUCCGCGUGCACACCGGGGAGAAACCGUUCCUCUGCGCCUUCCCCAACUGCGGCAAGAUGUUCGCCCGCUCCGAGAACCUGAAGAUCCACACGCGCACGCACACUGGUGAGAAGCCGUUCCAGUGUGAAUUUUGUGAGCGGCGAUUUGCCAACAGCAGCGACCGAAAGAAGCACUCACAGGUCCAUACGGCCUCAAAACCCUACGACUGCAAGGCCCUCGGCUGCACUAAGUCCUACACCCACCCCAGUUCCCUGCGCAAACAUAUGAAGGUCCACGUCAAACUGUCACCUACCUCUGAGGCCCACCACACUUACGAUCCUGUCCUUUAUCAACAACAGCAACCUCAUGCGACUCUCUUUGAGCCACUUGACCUUAAAAUGACCCACCUUUCUCCAUCACUGGCCAGAAAAAGUGUUAACUUUCCUCCGCUGUCCAAUUGUGAACUGGAUAUCAGUUCAGCUAGAGAUGGGGACCAUAAACUGCUGCUGCGGAGUUCGUCUCCCAUGGCAAUGCCCCUUGACCUUUCCCUGUCUGGCCUGAAGAGUCGACUGGCCCAGCAGCAGAAUACGAGGACCCCACGUAGGAGCCAGCGCUCAGUCAACCAAGCCUUACCUCAGCUGUCCAACAUUAAGGAGUGGUACGUGUGUACCAGGACUACAUCUGCGCACUUUCCCUUACUUCAUCCAGACCACAUCAAAUCAGAACCUCGAGACCAGGAGGACAAUAUCACAUAGGACAGACGGACCAGUGGAUGUGGACAUGAACACACAGACACCCCAGGCCCACAGACACUGUGUAAAACCACUGUUGCUGCUCCUCACCUUUUCUAGUGAAGUGGAUCAGAAACAGGUGUCUGUACACCAGAAACACUUCUUAAAAGUGUGUUUUUAACAUCUGCUCAAAUGAGACUAUAUUUGUUAAAGACUCAACACUGAGAGGAAUCACGUUCCAGCAACCUUCAACGUUCCUUGAAAAUGUUGAUUUUUUCUUUGCUUGAUGUGAAUGAAUGAAGAGACUGAAUGAUGAGAAUAAGAGUCCAUGACAAUCUUCUUUGUUUGGCCAUUUUCUUGGCACUUCCCAGAAUUCAUAUAGAUGAUGCAGUUUGAAGACCAUCUCAAUGUUCAAACUUGUUUUGAGGGAUAUUAAUGAUUAAAGCUGGGAGAUAUUAAAUCAAAA